UACAGACGCAGACAACAUGGCGAAAGCCAGGGAGAAGAGCGGGGACGGCGGCCAGAAAAGGUUGAAAAGAAAAGCCGCUGCCCAAGAACUUCCAGAGCCUGCGGUGGCUGACGAUGGGGCGACGGAAGGCGGCGUCCAGCCCCCGAAAGCGGCUGCCUUUCCCCCGGGCUUCAGUAUUUCGGAGAUUAAGAACAAGCAGCGGCGACACUUGAUGUUCACGCGGUGGAGACAGCAGCAGCGGAAGGAAAAGUUGGCAGCCAAGAAAAAACUUAAAAAAGAGAGAGAGGCUCUUGGUGAUAAGGCUCCCCCAAAGCCUGUACCCAAGACCAUUGACAAUCAACGAGUCUAUGAUGAAACCACAGUAGAUCCUAAUGAUGAAGAGGUUGCCUAUGACGAAGCUACAGAUGAGUUUGCUUCUUACUUCAACAGACAGACAUCUCCCAAGAUUCUCAUCACAACAUCUGACAGGCCUCAUGGGCGAACAGUACGACUGUGUGAACAGCUCUCAACAGUUAUUCCAGGUUCUCAUGUGUAUUACAGAAGAGGACUGGCUCUAAAGAAAAUCAUUCCCCAGUGCAUUGCAAGAGAUUUCACAGAUCUAAUUGUUAUUAAUGAAGAUCGUAAAACACCAAAUGGACUCAUUUUGAGUCACUUGCCCAAUGGUCCAACUGCACAUUUUAAAGUAAGUAGUGUGCGUCUUCGUAAAGAAAUCAAGAGAAGAGGCAAAGACCCGACAGAACAUGCUCCUGAGAUAAUUCUGAAUAACUUUACAACACGGCUGGGCCACUCAAUUGGGCGUAUGUUUGCUUCUCUUUUCCCUCAUAAUCCUCAGUUUAUUGGCAGGCAGGUUGCCACAUUCCACAACCAGCGGGACUACAUCUUCUUCAGAUUUCACAGAUACAUAUUCAAGAGUGAAAAGAAAGUAGGAAUCCAGGAACUUGGACCACGUUUUACCUUAAAAUUAAGAUCUCUCCAGAAAGGAACCUUUGAUUCUAAAUAUGGAGAGUAUGAAUGGGUUCAUAAGCCACGGGAGAUGGAUACAAGUCGAAGAAAAUUCCAUUUAUAAAGCACUGGAAGAGGAGUACUGGACUUUGCUGGACAGGACUAACUUAGUAAAUUAUUUUUACCAGAACCCCCUUGUCACAGUGGAACUGACUGAUUUCAUAAAUCUUAUAUUUGAAUAAA